AUGUACAACCACAUCUGCAACAACCCCAACAACAGUCAUAAUGACUACUACAACCACCACUCCAACAACACAAACAAUGAAUACAACAACAAUUACCCCAACGACAACUCCGACAACCACAAUCACCACCCCAACAACAACUAUGACAACCACCAUCCCAACCAUGACCACGUCUACGACAUCCACCACCCCAACAACAACCAUGACUACCACAACAACAGCCACAUCUACCACAACCCCAACAACAGUCACAAUGACUACUACAACCACCACUCCAACAACACAAACAAUGACUACAACAGCAAUUACCCCAACAACAACUCCGACUACCACAAUCACCGCCCCAACAACAACUAUGACAACCACCAUUCCAACCAUGACCACGUCUACGACAACCACCACCCCAACAACAACCAUGACUACCACAACAACAGCCACAUCUACCACAACCCCUACAACAGUCACAAUGACUACUACAACCACAACUCCAACAACACAAACAAUUACUACAACAACAAUUACCCCAACGACAACUCCGACUACCAUAAUCACCACCCCAACAACAACUAUGACAACCACAAUUCCAACCAUGACCACGUCUACGACAUCCACCACCCCAACAACAACCAUGACUACCACAACAACAGCCACAUCUACCACAACCCCAACAACAGUCACAAUGACUACUACAACCACCACUCCAACAACACAAACAAUGACUACAACAAUUACCCCAACGACAACUCCGACUACCACAAUCACCACCCCAACAACAACUAUGACAACCACCAUUCCAACCAUGACCACGUCUACAACAUCCACCACCCCAACAACAACCAUGACUACCACAACAACAGCCACAUCUACCACAACCCCAACAACAGUCACAAUGACUACUACAACCACCACUGCAACAACACAAACAAUGACUACAACAACAAUUACCCCAACGACAACUCCGACUACCACAAUCACCACCCCAACAACACUUAUGACAACCACUACCCCAACAACUACCACGUCUACGACAUCCACCACCCCAACAACAGUUACAAUGACUAUUACAUUCACCACACAAACAACAACCAUGACUACCACAACAACAGCUACAUCUACCACAACCCCAACAACAGUCACAAUGACUACUACAACCACCACUCCAACAACACAAACAAUGACUACAACAACAAUUACUCCAACGACAACUAUGACUACAACAAGCAUAACCCCAACAACAACCAUGACAACCACAAUUACCACCCCAACAACAACCAUGACUACCAUAAUUACAAUGACUACCUCAACCACCCCAACAACAAACAUGACAACCACAAUCACCACACAAACAACAACCAUGACUACCACAACAACAGCAACAUCUACCACAACCCCAACAACAGUCACAAUGACUACUACAACCACCACUCCAACAACACAAACAAUGACUACAACAACAAUUACCCCAACGACAACUAUGACAACCACAAUCACCACCCCAACAACAACCAUGACAACCACAAUUACCAUCCCAACAAAAACCAUGACUACCAUAACCACCACCCCAACGACAGCCACAUCUACCACAACAGUCACAAUGACGACUGCAACCAACACUCUACCAACAGUAACGUUGACUACAACAACUAUCCCAACGACAACUCCGACUACCACAAUCACCACUCCAACAUCAACUAUGACAACCACCACCCCAAAAACCACCACAUCUAUGACAUCCACCACCCCAACAACAGUCACAAUUACUACCACAACCACCAUCCCAACAACAGUAACAAUAACUACCACCAUUCCAACAACUAUAACAACUUUCACAACCACUACCCCAACAACAAGUAUGACAACUGUCACAAACACCACUCCAACAACAACCAUAACUACCACAACCACCACCCCAACAACAGUCACAAUGACUACCACCACCCCAACAAAAACUAUGACGACUUUGACAGCCACCACACCAACAACAAUCGUAACUACCACAACCACCAACCCGACAACAGUCACGAUGACAACUACAACCACCACUCCAACACCCACGAUAACCACAACUCCAACAACAGUGACUACCACAACCACCCCCCCAACAACAACCAUGACAACCACAAUACCUACCCAGACAACAACCAUGACCACCACAACCUCAACCCCAACAACAGUCACAAUGACUACUAUAACCACCACUCCAACAGCAGUAACGAUUACAACAACAAUUACCCCGACAACAACUCUGACUACCACAUUCACCACUCCAACUACACCCACAACAAAUACCACAGCCACCACCCCAACAACAACCACGACGACAACAACCAGAACUACCACAACCACUACCCCAACAACAACCACAACCACCACCCCAACAAUAACAACCACGACUACCACAACCACCACCCCAACAACAACCACGACUACCACAACUACCACUACUGUAUCAACAACAACUACAAGUACACCUGUUCCCACUAUUACACCUUGUUGUAA